UUCGCUUUUAGCUUGAUAUUUUCUUGGGAAAGUAUGUCCGGGCAGUUUCCUAGUGGAUACCAGAGCCCCAGUGGGCAGCGUGGUAAUUUUAGCAGUCCUAUGAUGCAACAGCAGCUAGGCCAAAUGGGGGUUCCCAAUCCAAUGGGAAUGAUGGGUUUUAAUCAAAACAACGUAAUGUCCAACCAGCAACAGAUGCAAGCAUCCGGUGGUCAAAGUAAUCAAGAGAUGAGCAUGAAUCAAAACUUGCAACAACAGCAACAGCUAGCCAACCAGCAGCAAGCAAAUACCGGUCAAUCUGCUGGUCAGGGUUCGCAACAGGUACAAAAUCAACCACAGAAUCCAUCACAGCAACAGCAAGCUGCCCAGCAAUCACCUCAGAUAGGAAUGUCGACAAGCGCUCAAAAUGCUCCCGCUCCUAACGUAGCAGGCAACAUGAUGGCAAAUGCCCCGGCAGUUGGUCAACCAGGACCGGGACCGGUUUCUAAUCCUCAAGCACCUUCGAACAUGCAGCAAAAGGAACUGAACCUGCUUACGCUUUGCCGAAUUGGGCAGGAAACGGUACAGGAUAUCGUUAGUCGGUUUCAGGAGGUUUUCGGCAUUCUCCGUGUGAUUCAACCUCCCAAUGGAACUAAUCAAGGUUUAAGUUCGAGCAACGAUAAAAAGGCAAAAGUACAGGAGCAAUUCCGCACAAUAAGGCUACUGUUUAAAAGGUUGCGACUACUGUACGACAAGUGUAACGAUAACUGUCAGCAGGGUAUGGAAUUUACCCACGUAGAAAGUUUGAUUCCAUUAAAAGGGGAGCCGGAGCGAGCUGAGCCCGUUCAUACCGAAGAGUACAAAAAAGCACUUCAGGAAAACCGAGAGUUAAUCGAGAUAGUGAUGCUGAAAAAUAAGCAGCUUAGAGAAAUUAUAGACAAAAUUCGGUUAACUAUAUGGGAGAUAAACACGAUGCUGAGCAUGAGACGGUGCUGAAGUGUGGAAGAUUUUUUUUUGCAUUUAUCCGCUUUUAUUUUUUUUAUAAUGGAAUAGUUUUAUAAAGUAAUGGUAUUACGUAUAUAUUAUUGAGUUGCAAAUAUAUACAG